CUUGUCAUGUCUGACUAUCACUGUCACAAAAAAAAUAGGAAGGAACCAAACAAAAACAAACUUCGGAUUUAUCACGGUUUUACUGUAAUUGUAUAAUAUUAAUAUUUUGUCAAAAAACAACUAAUUUAAUAAGACAAUAAUAUCUAUGUAACCAAUCAGUGUAUCAUAAAUGUUAAUAUAUUGUUUGCUUAAUAAUUAUUUGGUUAUAAAGUCUUGAGUUCAUCAUGUGGAGAAGAAAUUUGGUUUACUUAGAAAAAACCUUAACUGGCUAUUCGGCGUCCAUACCAAUUAAUGCAAGGGCGAAAUGCCCGUGGAAGAUGACUACAGCUAGUCAUUAUCACUGUUUAAAGAAAAAUCAUAAUAUAACCUCAACGCCGAAUUUGCAAAGUUUACAUGAUGUAAAAGUCGCAGAAAAUAAAGAAGCCGAUUGCAACACUUUCACAUAUAGGACUCACAACUGUGGCGAACUAAGACCCAAGCAUUCAGGACAAAAAGUUACAUUAUGUGGCUGGGUACAGUUUCAAAGAUUAACAAAAUUUUUGUUACUUCGGGAUGCUUAUGGCGUGAUCCAAUGUAUUGUAAACAAUAACCAAGAUUUACCCGACAUACCACUGGAAACUAUAGUGAAAGUUGAAGGAACUGUUGUUUUACGGCCCAAAAGCAUGAUCAACACUAAAAUGGCUACAGGAGAAGUGGAAGUAGUUAUAGAAGAUUUAAAAAUUUUGAAUAAUGUUGAUAAAUUACCGUUCAAUUUGAGGGACUACCAAAAGCCAAAAGAACAGUUGCGGUUACAAUAUCGGUAUGUUGAUUUGAGAUUUCCAGAAAUGCAGAAUAUUUUGAGAUUUAGGUCCAGCAUGCUUCAUAAUAUGAGACGGUUUUUGUUGGAAACACACGGAUUUGUUGAGGUUGAGACUCCAACUUUAUUUUGUCGUACUCCUGGUGGCGCCAGAGAGUUUGUUGUACCCACUCAUCAUAAAAAUCUAUUUUACUCCCUUGUUCAAAGUCCACAGCAAUUUAAACAAAUGCUCAUGGCUGGAGGAAUUGAUAGAUAUUUCCAAGUUGCUAGAUGUUAUCGAGAUGAAACUACACGGCCGGACAGACAGCCAGAAUUCACACAAUUAGAUAUUGAAUUAUCAUUUACUAAUUUGGAUGGAGUUUUGUCAUUGAUUGAGAACUUACUUUACGAGACAUAUUUGCAAGGUCUUCCAAAACCACCUUUUAAGAGAAUCACAUAUAAAGAUGCAUUACAGAAUUAUGGCACAGACAAACCUAAUUUGACUUAUGACCUAACAUUUAAAAAAAUUACACAUCUUUUUGAUGAAAAAUCAAACAAUUUUGGGGCAUAUGCUUUGCCCUAUCAUAGUGAACUAGGUAAAUUGACAUCUAAAUAUAAAGAUAUAAUCAGAAAAAUUGCUAUAAAAUAUAGAAACAAAGUGAUUUUUAAUGAGAAUUUAAACAAAGCACUUAGUUCAGAUCUGUCACAAAAAAUACAUCAAGAAACUGGUCCAUCAAAUUCUUGUAUCAUAUCAAUGGGAGAUGAUGAAGAUUCAUGUUUGUGUUUGGGUGAAAUUCGGGUACUAAUAGCCUCAUUAUUAGAGUCAAAAAAUCUUUUAGUCAUAGACAAAGGUAUGAAACCUUUAUGGGUGGUAGAUUUCCCAUUGUUUAUUGAAGGAGAAAAUGGCUUGGAGACGUGCCACCAUCCAUUUACAGCACCACAUCCUGACGACAUUCACCUGUUGAAAACUGAACCUUACAAAGUGCGAUCUUUAGCUUAUGAUUUAGUUAUUAACGGCAAUGAAGUGGGUGGUGGAUCAGUGAGAGUCCAUAAUGCGGGAUUACAGGAAGAAUUAUUAAAAAUACUAAAUAUUGAUUCUGAGAAAUUAUCACAUUUCAUAGAUGCUUUAAAAUCUGGUUGUCCACCUCAUGCAGGUAUAGCUCUAGGAAUAGACAGAUUGGUUAGUAUAGCAUGUAAUACAGAGUCUAUUAGAGAUGUGAUUGCGUUUCCAAAGUCACACGAUGGUCGGGAUCCCUUGUCUGGAGCCCCUAACACUAUUUCUGAUGAUGAUAAGAAAUAUUACAAUAUUUUGACUGUUAAGUGAUUACAAUUAUAUUGUUAGAAUGA